AUGUUCGUCACAAGGGCUACCUUGCAGGAGGUGGCUAAGGGCGAAGUAUUCAAACCAAAUACCACUACGACGCUGUGUGCCUUCAAGUUCAAUUACCAGGAUCUGACAAACGGAGGCAAAUCACUGACCAAACGUCCAAAUAUGGCGGCUAGGAGAGCAGGGUACUGUUUCAUCAUGUCGCUUACAUCCAAGCAGGUGAUUUUGGAGGGCAGCAAACGCGAAACGAUAAGUACGGCCUUUGACGCUAAGUGCGAUAUGGGAUUUACGCUUUUCUUGCCGUUGCCUGACUCCCUCUGCAUUGGACCGCUAACUGCCGUAAAGAAACUGAAAAUGGAAAGUAGACGAUCACCUGUACAAUGGAAAUCCACGCUCAAAAGCCAUUCUCUGGAACCUUGCCCAGCGUCUCUUCCCUCAGGCUCGAAGAAAGUAGUUCUGGUAUCAUUCGACCACCUGUUGAUCGAUGGCAUGUUCCCCCGCGUAGCACAGGCAUCUGAGCUUUUCCAAGAGCAUUCCCAGGCUCGAAUGGCUCGUUCUCGAUGGCAUAAUGCUGCCUUAAAAGGCAGUUUUUCCGUGAUUCGAGGCACCACGACCCGUGUCUGGGACGACGUGGGUUGUAUCCACCUAAGCGAGCUGAUGUUAUGUCCGGACCAAACACUCCUACAAGGCUCGCGUCGCAGUCAGAUAGUUGGCGCGGCAGUCGAAUCUCUCGUGAGAUUGGAUAUGAGUUGCGCCUACGGAGUCGUCGGACAGAAACCGGGGCUUAAUCCCCCAAAAUUCAUUCCUAUUCCUCAGGUCGGAAAUGCUCCAAGACUACAGCGGCCUCCGCCUCCCGGCCGGUCUCUGUACUUGAAUGGUCAAGCAGCUUUCACCUCCGUCUCCCAUCGAGAGAUGAUUACCAUUUCGCUCAUGAUCGAUUCACGGUACUGUGACAUCGGCGCUAUCGCUCCCAUCGAAUUUGGAAAACACUGGAUAGCUAUCCUUCAGAGUCCAUGGGCCGACGCCCAAUUUCCGUUGCUUCCAUUAUGA